UGAACCACCACGCCCGGCCCCUCUAGCUUUCUUUUUAAUCCCCCAAAUCAGAUCACUGGAGUGCCCCACCAUGUCAGACGCAGUGGUAGACACCAUCUCCGAAAUCACCACCAAGGACUUGAAGGAUAAGAAGGAAGUUGUGGAAGAGGCGGAAAAUGGAAGAGACGUCCCUGCUAAUGGGAAUGAGAAUGAGGAAAAUGGGGAGCAGGAGGCUGACAAUGAGGUAGAUGAAGAAGAGGAAGAAGGUGGAGAGGAAGAAGAAGGUGAUGGUGAGGAGGAGGAUGGAGAUGAAGAUGAAGAAGCUGAGUCUGCUAUGGGCAAGCGGGCAGCUGAAGAUGAUGAGGAUGACAAUGUCGAUACCAAGCAACAGAAGACUGACGAGGAUGAUUAGACAGCAAAAAAGGAAACGUUAAACUAAAAACAACAACAACAAAAAGGCUGCCGUGACCUAUUCACCCUCCACUUCCCGUCUCAGAAUCUAAACAUGGUCACCUUUGAGUAGAGAGCUUGGCUGGUCUGCCCACCCUCCGCGGGCGGUGCA